UACAGUCACAAGUGAAUAGAAAAAACGUUCCCCAAUUUCGAAGAUUCCAAUCCGAAUAUACUUUCAUCUCUUUCUCCCCCACAGAACACACAAUCUCUAUCUAGAUUCUAGAGAGAGAAAGCAGAGAGAGAGAGAGAGAGAUGGUGCAUAGCUCAGUGGCGAUAUCAUCACCGAAAUUAACAUGCUCUUUUCCGUCGACGUGUUCCACCUCCGACUCCCACCGCUCCUGCUUCUCGGCGAAGAGAACUAUCCGGCUUUCCAGAUUCAGAAUUUCCUCCAAAAUUGACGAUGGUUCGGCCGAGCAGUUUUUGCAGAAUAAUUCGAUUGCCGAUUUCAUGAGGUUUAAGAAGGAUAACCAUGCUCAAUUGCAGACUGCUGUCGUUAGCUACCGCAAAAAGUUCCCCUGGUCCAUUCUUCAACCCUUUCUUCAGGUUGAUUUGGUUUCAACGAUUCACAUUGCAGAUAAGGAGUACUUCGAUACAUUGCAGGAAGUUCUAGAGCCAUACGAUUGUGUUCUGUAUGAGAUGGUUGCUAGCAGAGAAAGCUUAGAGAACAGAAGAAACCCCGAAGCCACAAAGAAACCCAAAGGCUCAAGCUCACGUGGAUUUAACAUCAUUGGAUUCAUUCAACGACAAAUGGCGAAGCUACUUACGCUCGAUUUCCAAUUAGACUGCCUCGAUUACGAAUCCAAAAAUUGGUACCAUGCGGAUCUCGACUUUGAAACCUUCAAAUUACUUCAGCAAGAAAAAGGGGAGAGCUUUUUCACGUUUGCGAGAGAUAUGACACUUAAAUCAACUAAAGCUAUGGUGAUGCCUACUACUCCGCCUCGAGAAGAUCUUGGGCCUUGGAGAUCGAAGCUUUUGUGGGCCUCGCGUGUUGUGCCUAUGCCUCUUGUUGGGCUUCUUAUCAUUGGGAGUGUUUGUGCUGAUGUGGGAGGUGACUCGGAAUAUCCCGAAUUAGAAGCCUUAUCCAGGCUCGAUUUUGGUGGAGCGAUGAAAGUCUUCUUAGCAAAGAGGCUAACAUCCGAGUUCUCAAUGGUGACUGCUGACGUGGAAGAGAAAUCGGUGAUCAUAGGAGAGAGAAACAGAGCUGCCACAGAGGCGCUCCAUCAAGCAAUCGAUAGCGGGAAAAAUAAAAUAGCUAUUCUAUACGGUGGGGGCCACAUGCCCGAUUUGGGGCGUCGGCUAAGGGAGGAUUUCGAUCUCGUUCCUUCACAAGUGCAGUGGAUAACGGCUUGGUCCAUAAGAGACAAGAAUCUCUCGAGCCGUUCGUUUCCCGUUUUGAAGAGACUGGCUCAAGUGUUUGGUUGGCCGUUGAAUAGAUACCAAACGCUUGCUUUGCUGAUAUUUUCGUCGGUACUUGCGGUGGAUCUUUGGUUUUGGGAACUGUUUUUCGAUACUAGUGUGAGUUGGGUGUCUAAUGUGGGUUCGGAUUUGUUGCAAUUUUUUGAUGGUGGUGCAAAGUUUAUGUGAUUGGAGUUUAGUUUGUAAAUAUAUAUAUACUGUUUAUUAUGUUCAAAUUUAAAAUUGAAAAUUUCAAUGAGUUUAUGAUAAUGUUGUUGU